AUGGCUUUGAGCAAGAGCUGUGAAGAGAGUGGCCCCCUGGGCGACAUCCCCGGGGAUGUGGGCAAGCUGGGCAGCGGAGCACCCGUUGAGUUUUCCCUCUGGCUGAGUCCCAUUAAUGAUGAUGCCAUCUUGCAUAUUUUGAGACUCAGAGAUAAACUUAGCUGGCAGACAUUAUUACCACCUUGUGAAUUUGUUAAAUCGAAAGAUGUGGCUAAAUUUCGGAAGACCCCAUUACUGGAUGACACAUUAAAGAAAGAUGAUGGAGAAUACAUAUACUGUCUUAUAAGAAGUAGGGAUGACCCCAAAGCAGCCUACAAUCCAUAUGAUCUUCAAGUAGUCUCUGCAAAUAUGGCUAGACAAAGUAAAGAAUAUUGGACUAUUAGUGCCUCAUAUGUAUCCAAGUUUACUUCCGUGUGUGGAAAACAAGAAAUGGAAAUAUGUCCAGUAAUGGAAUGGUUAUAUGAAAGGCAACUUUAUAAUGUGUUACAUAACAUGGAUUUAUACUUUAAUUUCAGAAAAAAGAAAUAUUUUAUCCUCUGGAAAAAUAUUGUUAAGUAUUCAAAAACAAAGAGAAAUCAAAUGAUAUUGUAUAAGCAACUAUUUUCUGCUGAUGAGAUACUGCAAAGUUGCUUACUUUACCUCCAAACCUUGUGUGUAGAUGCGAGUAAUCCAGAGAAGUCCAUAUCAUCUGAAAAAACAACUAUAAAUUUCAUAAAGAUAAACACGUCUUAUACGUACACAUUGGAUAAAUUUUGUGAGGAACAAUAUCAACAGAGUCAAUAUGCUUUAUCUCAACUCAAAGAUUUUAAAGAUAAAGUAACAAAAGUAAUUAAGACCUGCUUUUUAAAGGUAGCAAAAAUGAAGGGAGCAGAAACACUUUUUCAGCAUUCACUGCAUGAUUUCAAAGAGAAACCAAAAUACUAUGAGAUAGCUGAAUGGCGGCACGUUAUGGAACGCUUUUCUAAAUUUCUUAAACUUGUAGAUAGAAUAUUUCAAGAAUUUCUUCGCAGAUUGGUAAACAAUGCCUUAAACACUCUUUUGGAGAUAUUUAAAGGUUCCAGUAAUAUGACUAUUUCAAAAAGGAAGACAAAUGAAAGCCUUAUGAGAGCAUAUAAAGAUACAAUUGAUAAAGCACUUUGCUUAUUGACUGAAAAUAGAUGCCAGUGGGUAUAUGAAAAUGAGCAUUUUGAAGGCACUCAGAAAUUAUUGCGCCGUUCAAAGGAAUCAGAAGCACAACGUGAAAUUGUUACUGUCAGUGAUAUAGACAAGAUCCUAGAAGAAGUGAAAAGGGAACUAAAAGGAGAAGAGGAAUAUUCCCCAAUAUUUGAAAUAAAUAUUUGUCUGAGAAUUCCCUACGAAAAGGAACAUCGUAGAAAAUAUUACCAAAAUGAUGAUGAUUAUAUUACAGAAUCUUCAGCAGAAUCUUUGAAAGAAAUAUUAGACUUUGAUGAAGUUUUGAACAGCUCAUCUUUUGAAGAUGAUAGACUACAAGAAGAAAAAUCAGAAAGUACUACAGAAGAUUUGGGUAUCUUCAGGAAUGAAGAAAUAAUAAAGCCAUUGAGAAAAGAAAAAGAGGCCAUCUCUGAUUCAAAUAAACAACUAAUCACAUAUGAGAGCUCUCUACAGUUCUCUACAGAUGUAUCAUUGAUUCCUAACAGAAAAACAUUUUCAAUACAAUUACAAGGGAUUGUAGAUGGAUUAGAAAACAUCAUUGAUCAAGUUACACCAUUUUCUCAGGAUUCUCGGCUUUCAAUCUUCAUUGAUCAGUCUUUACAUAAAAUAAUGCAGCAGUGUGAAGAUUACACAGAUUUUGAACCAGGACAUUAUCAAUCAACAUGGCCAAACUGUGAUCUCAUUCUUGGGACAGAUCCAGAUUACCAAAACAAAAUUCUGGACCUUCUCUCUCUUCAGAGUUCUUCACUGGCCCGAGUAGAAUCUUACAGCAGAAACUUUAUGGAAUAUUGCAGUAUGGUAGAUAAAGCAAAAUAUACAAAUGACAAAAUAGUAGCAUUGCAAAGAGAGAUGACUACAAAGGAGUUUAGAAAAAUACUAGAAAAUUAUACAGUUGAUGUAAAGGAGAUUGUAUGUAUGCUUAUUGAGAAACGCAUCUCUCUGUUUAGAGUAAACAGUUUGAACUUUCAGACAGACUGCCUGCCAUAUUUUGAGGUUCUGCUUAAGACUAUUCAUAUUCAUUUUUAUACAGCAAUUGAUACAAAGAAUGUACAUCUUGUUGAAGUCACCCAGUCAGCAGUAGCGAAGUUGAACAAAGAACUAGUAACAGUGGAUGGAUUUGUUGAACAUUUGCUAUAUCUUCAGGAAAUUUCCUCACAACUACCAAGUAUAAAGGUUGAAUAUAACUAUCUUUCUGAGCUCCACUUCAUUGCAAAUGAUUAUAACAUCUUUCUCCCACAUCAGCAGCUUGCUCUCUAUCAAACUGUUGUGCGAACACUCCAGAAUCUUCAAUCAACUAUCCUUAUCUGUGAAAAACUGAAGGAUGAUUAUGUUAUAAAGUUUAAUGAAAGUUUGGGAGAAUUUAUGGAUAAUUUACAAGUUGAAAUGAAAGAAUACAAAAGCAAGGUGAGAAAUCCUGUCCUCCUCCUUAGUGAAACCCUGCCUAAGACAGCUAAAGAAAUGAUUGAAAAUCUUAUUGAAGAAGCAGGAAUUAUCAGUGAGAAAAUUUUAAAUUAUGCAAAUUAUCAGCACGUGCUUGAUGGUGCUAUUGGUGACAUGAAAUCAUUGUCUGUGGAAAAACUGUCUCACAGAAGUCAGGCUGGAGAUUCUCAGAGAGUGAAUGCUGAACUCUCAGAAAUUGAAGGUGAACUACAGUUACGUAAAUUGUUAUGGGACUCACAUGAAGAUUGGGCAAAACGUAUCUUUAAGUGGAAACAUACAAUUUUUUGGAAUCUUGAUGUAGAUGUAAUUCAAACUGAGGUUAACCGAUUCAUGCAGAGAAUUCAUAUUCUUGAAAAAGGCUUGCCAGAAAAUACUAUUUUACCCAUUAUGAAGAAAUCAUUGAUGGAUUUUAAGGAAUCUUUGCCUAUAAUCAUAUCUUUAAGGAAUCCUAGUCUUCAACGAAGGCAUUGGGAAACAAUACAGAAUAUUGUUGGAGAAUCAAUUUCUUGGGAUAAAAGACUUACUCUAGAGAAGAUCCUGGAACUCAAUAUGUUUCAGUAUAGAAAAGAUAUUAAUGAAAUAUCCAUAAGAGCUUCCAAAGAAACAACUCUUGAAGUAAUGUUGAAAAAAAUAAUUGGCGUUUGGCAGAAAACAGAUUUCCAUUUAUGUCCCUAUUACACUGAAACAUCUAGUAUUUGUAUUAUUUCAUCUGUGGAAGAUAUAACUACUCUGUUAGAAGAGUCUCUGAUGACAAUCUCAACCAUUAAAAGUUCUUGUUUUGUUGAACCAAUUAAGAAUCUUGUUCAUGCUUGGGAUCAUAAGUUAAACUUCAUUUCUUGUACUCUGGAGGAAUGGUUAACUUGUCAGAGACACUGGAUUUAUCUGGAACCAAUCUUUCAGGCUCCAGAAAUAAAAAGACAACUUCCAGGAGAAGCCAGUCUCUUCUCUGUAGUUGAUAACAAAUGGAAAGAAAUCAUGACAUUUGCAGAAGAGAAUCCAAAUGUUGCUAAGGCAACUACAACAAGUGGAAUUUUUGAAAUAUUGCAGAGCAACAAUGCAUCACUAGAAAAAAUACAGAAGGCUCUUGAGGAGCAUCUUGAAGUUAAACGUAUGAUUUUUCCAAGAUUUUAUUUUCUCAGCAAUGCAGAACUCCUUGAAAUAGUAGCUGAAAGUAAGAGUCCUGAUGUUGUUCAGCCUCAUCUUAUGAAAUGUUUUGCAAAUGUGAGGAAGUUAUACAUACGGCCGCAACAUCAGACACCUCCAGUGGUUUUAAUGAUCAGAUCUGCUGAAGGAGAGAUUCUUCUAAUACCAAAAGGUGUUCGUAUUAGAGGUUCUGUUGAACAAUGGCUUAAAAAUGUUGAGAAUACCAUCUGCAAUAUGGUAAGAAAGUUUAUAGAAGUUGGAAUUACAGAGUGGAAUCAAAUGGAAUUUAAAGAAUGGUUUUUUACCCACCCAGGACAGGUGAUAUUGAUUGUGAGUCACAUAAAGUUUUCUCAGGAAUGUGAAGCAGCUAUGUUGAGUUCUAAUUCAAAAAAGGAGAUGAUAGAAGACCUGGAUGAUCUGAUCAACAUUCUAGAGCAACUUACAGAGAUAGCAUCAGAUAUCCUUCCCUACCACAAGCAAAGCACUUUAGAAGCUUUGAUUUCUUUGUCUAUCCAUAAUAGAGAUAUAUUAUCUUUACUGAUAGAUCAAGAGAUUGGCAUUAAAGAUUUUGAAUGGACAAGGCAAUUGCGUUACAAAUGGCAUGAAUGCAACCUGUGUACAGUUAUUCAAGGUUAUGCUUCCUUUGAAUAUGGUUAUGAAUAUUUAGGCUGCUCUCCACGAUUGGUUAUCACACCUCUUACUGAUCAAUGUUGGUUAACCAUUACUGGAGCACUACAAUUAAAUCUAGGAUGCUGUCUUGCUGGGCCAGCUGGUACAGGAAAAACAGAGACAGUUAAAGAUCUGUCAAAAGCUUUGGGAAAAUUCUGUCUUACAUACAAUUGUUCUGGAGAUUUGGAUGAUAAGGUAAUGGGGAAAUUGUUCUUUGGCCUUGUUCAGUCUGGAUCAUGGUGUUGUUUUGAUGAAUUCAAUCGGAUUGAUAUAGAAGUCCUCUCUGCAAUUGCUUCACAUCUUCAGGCAAUUAAGGCAGCUAAAGAUAGCCUCAGUGUCAGAUUUGUACUGGAAGGAAAAGAAAUUCGUCUGAGACCACACUGUGCAAUUUUUAUUACCAUGAAUCCUGGAUACAAAGGUCGUGUGGAACUUCCAGACAACUUAAAAUCAUUAUUUCGUCCUAUGUCAAUGGUAAUACCGGAUUAUGAACUCAUUGCUGAAAUAAUGUUGUUUUCAGAAGGUUUCAAAUCAUCAAAAUUACUCUCGGGGAAGAUAGUAAAUCUUUAUCAACUUUCCAGCAAAAGAUUAUCACAACAGGAUCAUUAUGAUUUUGGCAUGAGAGCUAUAAAAACUGUAUUAAUAAGAGUUGGUCAAAGGCGUCAAGAGUUGAAACUACAAUACAAUAAAAAAAGAUUUUCUGCAAUGGAGGAAACUCUAAUCACAAUUGACAUACUGAAAGAAGUGAAUUUACCAAAGUUAAUUGCUGACGAUGUUCCAGUAUUUGAAGAUAUUAUCAGAGAUCUCUUUACAGAAAUGGAAGUUCCAAAAGUAAAUCCUAAACGAUUAGAGAGUGCAAUAUCUCUUGCAAUCCAGCAUUUAUCUUUGCAGCCUUGGGAAAAUCAGAUAGAGAAGGUUAUACAACUAUACAACCAACUUAUGGCUCGUGUUGGUGUGAUGCUUGUAGGCCCCACAGGUGGAGGAAAAACUACCAUCAGAACAAUUUUAGAAAAAGCCUUGAUAAUCUUUCCAUUAGUUGAUACGGAAAGUGCUACUAAACUUGAUGUUUUUCAGAGUAAUUCAAAGAGAAGCAAAGUGGAUACUUUUGUUGUAAACCCAAAGUGUGUUACUAUUGAUGAACUCUUUGGACAGACAAAUCCUAGUACAAUGGAAUGGUCAGAUGGAUUAUUAUCAUCAGCAGUUCGAGGAUUUGCCAAACUUGGGAUCAAAAAAACGAAAAGAAAAGAUCCAAGCCUUGGUAUAAAUUCAGAAAUGCAGGAUUUAUAUACACUGAAUACAGUGACUAUCGCUGAUGCAGUUGUGCCUGAUGAAAUUGUACAAUCAACAGAGAAUAUUCAAUGUGAAACUGCUGUUGAUUGGCAGUGGAUUAUCCUGGAUGGCCCAGUAGAUCCACUUUGGAUAGAAAACUUAAAUUCUGUGCUAGAUGACAGCAGAACAUUAUGUCUUGCUAACAGUGAAAGAAUUUAUCUAUCACCAGCCUUCAGAGUGAUAUUUGAAGUGGACAGUGUGUCUCAAGCCAAUCCAGCCACAAUUAGUAGAUGUGCCAUGGUUUACGUGGACCCUGCUGAUUUGGGAUGGGAGCCUUAUGUCAAAACAUGGCUGCAAAGCAUUUCUGAAAUAAUACCAGAAAAUAGUGUUGAAUAUCUUGAAAGUUUGUUUCACUCAAGUAUAAAGAUAGGGUUAACUUUUCUAAAUAAACAUAAGAAAAUGCAAGCAUUUCCUGUACAUCAGUUGGGGAUAGUAAUGAACAUUUGCAGAAUUAUUGGUUCAUUUAUUCAUGUAAUAAAACUAAGUCAAGGAUCACAAGAUAGUAAGAAAAGACGACAAAGCAGCACAGUGAGUUUUUCAACAGUAAACCAGAGGGAUUCUCCACAAUUUUUAGAAACAUUCAGUUCAUUCAGUGGAACAGUCCCAUCAAUAAUGAAGAAAAGGGGCGGUGAGAUAUGGUUUUGGGAAAAGGAGCCUAAUAAAAUGCUCGUAUUAUUGGGGAAAAUUUUCAUAUUUGCAUUUACUUGGGCUGUUGGAGGAAUUUUAAAACGAGAGGAAGAACAUGAAGGUGAAACUCUCAUUGAUAUAAACACUAGCCAAGAUGAACUUGCACAUGUAACAUGUGACUUUAAUUACCUUGUUCGUGAGUUAUUUGACAAGAAACCACCUACUAAUAUUCAGAUGCCAUCUGGAGAUAAAACUGUUUUUGAUUAUUUUGUGGAUUUACAAACAGGAGAAUUUGAACCAUGGGGACAUUUAGUUCCUAGCACACAAUUUCUUAUCCAGAAAGAGACAUCAGAACUUUCCGAUUCUGAUAAUAAUAUGCUAGUAAAUCAAGAAAAGAAAAUGGAGGCCUCUGCAUUUAUUCCCAAUAUUGAUACAAUUCGUCACAGCUUCCUAGCAAGUCUUCUUUUAUUGUCAAAACAUCCAGUACUGAUUAUAGGAGAUCCUGGCAGUGGAAAGACUACUAUGAUAGAUAAUAUGCUUGGAAGACUCCAAAAAGAUGGAUUAAAUAUAAGGAAGAAAACAAUAUUAGGAGAGGUCUUUUACUACAACCAAACUAAAAUAACAAGCUUGAUGAGGAACUACAGUACGCUGAAAACAGAUCAAUUUCGUAGCUCUUGGAAAAUAACACAUUCUUCAACCAAAGAAUUACAUGUGAUAGUCAUUUAUGGUUUUUAUUAUACUUAUUUCAAGGCACUACUGUUUAUUGAUGAUCUGAACAUGCCAAUCACAGAAGCAUAUGGAUCCAAGCCACCAUUAGAGUUCAUCCGUCAGUUUGUGGAGUUGGGAGGAUUUUAUGACAUUAAACACCUUGAAUGGAAAAUAUUCAGAUGCCAUCUGGAGAUAAAACUUUUUGAUUAUUUUGUGGAUUUACAAACAGGAGAAUUUGAACCAUGGGGACAUUUAGUUCCUAGCACACAAUUUCUUAUCCAGAAAGAGACAUCAGAACUUUCCGAUUCUGAUAAUAAUAUGCUAGUAAAUCAAGAAAAGAAAAUGGAGGCCUCUGCAUUUAUUCCCAAUAUUGAUACAAUUCGUCACAGCUUCCUAGCAAGUCUUCUUUUAUUGUCAAAACAUCCAGUACUGAUUAUAGUUUCAGCUCUCAGCUCAAUAAGAGAGGAUUCUGAUGUAGAAGAACCAUCUUCAGGGCCUAUCAUUUGUAAAUUACAAUUAGGUGCCCAUACAAGUGCAGCUCAAACAAAGAGUUUGAUCACCCAGAAAUUAAUACUGAAAAGUAAAGAUGUCAUGGGUGCUCCACAAUCUAAACAAGCACUACUGUUUAUUGAUGAUCUGAACAUGCCAAUCACAGAAGCAUAUGGAUCCAAGCCACCAUUAGAGUUCAUCCGUCAGUUUGUGGAGUUGGGAGGAUUUUAUGACAUUAAACACCUUGAAUGGAAAAAUAUUCAGGACAUUGCCACAGUUGCAUGCUGUACACCUCUAAAUGUAGGAAGUAAUGAGAUUAGUACUCGUCUUCUGUCCCGUUUUUGCAUCUUAGUUUUGCCUGCAACUUCCUUACAGUCUUUGCAACGUAUUUUCCAGAUUUCCUGGACAAAGGAGAAGUUGAUGGAGGAGUCUCCUAUAUUUGUAGAUUUUCUAGAUUACACUGUACCUGUAGAUAAGAGAAUAUAUAGAAAUGUCACUAGCCAGAAGGUUCUUCUUUUGACACUGGAAGAAUAUUAUGUGAGAAUGCAAACAAAAGAGUCAGAGAUCACCAUGGUAUUUUUCAAAGAAGCAAUACAACAUGUAAUUAGAGCUGCAAGGGUUUUUCGACAACAAGAUAGUCAUAUGACACUGAUUGGAUUGAAUGGCAAUGGAAAAGCAACUUGUGCAUCCUUAGCCUGUUAUAUAUCUGAAUGCUGUAUCUGUAAGUUAUCUACUUCGUAUAGUUACACCUUUGCACAUUUUCAAGAGGAUAUUAAAAAAGUCUAUAAACAAGCUGGAGCAGAAGGCAAAAGGACUGUUCUUCUUAUUACAGAUUCAGAUAUAAUUCAAGAAUCAUUUUUGGAAAUCCUAAGUUGUAUUCUAAAAUCAGGACAAGUGCCCAACCUAUUUGAGAAGGAUGAGUUGAAUAACAUUAUUGAAUCACUUACAUCAGUUUCUGAAAUGAUUAAAGAUUCCAACAAAUUGGAUGAUAUGUAUUCUUUCUUCUUACAAAGAGUACGGCACAACCUUCAUAUAGUUUUGACAGUAAAUCCUACAGGACUGGUUUUCCGUCAAUAUUUACAGAUAUAUCCUGCCAUUGUGAAUUGCUGUACAGUAGACUGGUAUGAAAAUUGGCCUGAAGAGGCACUUUGCCAUGUAGCAAAAAGUUAUUUUAGCCAAAGUGAGACAUUUAGAAAUGAGAAUUUAAGAGAUAUUCUUAUCCCUAUGACUGUUAAUAUUCACAAGAAUGCAUCUAUAAUAAUUGAGAAAUACUUGAAGAAAACUAAAAGACACUAUUAUAUCACUCCCAAAAGUUAUUUGCAAUUUAUAAAUACUUUUUCCACAAUAUUGAGGACCACAAAAGAGAAAAUGCUGAGUGAAAGAGCUUGCUAUAAUUCUGGUCUGACAAAAAUCUUGGAUGCAACUUCACAAAUUGCAAAUAUGCAAAAUGAAUUGCUUGUCCUUGGACCUCAAAUAGAGUCAAAAUCAAAGGAAAUAGAAGCACUUGUAGCUAAACUUCACAAAGAUGCGUUAGUUGUAGAGCAAGUUCGAACUUUGGUUAAAAAGGAUGAAGAAACUAUGACUGCAGAAACAAAAAUUGUGGAAGGGUAUGCUAAGCAAGUAACAGAAGAACUCAAUACUGUAUUGCCAUCUUUGGAGAAGGCCCUUAGUGCUCUUGAUGCACUUGACAAAAAUCACAUUGCAGAAGUUAGAGUAUAUACUCAUCCUCCUGCACUUGUUUUAACUGUUAUGAAUGCAGUCUGUGUUCUUCUUCAAAAGAAACCAAACUGGGCAACAGCAAAAUUACUACUUUCAGAUCCAGGAUUCCUUAAAAAAUUGGUUACAAUUGACAAAGAUAAUUUACCAGAAAAGGUUUUUCUGCAGUUAAAAAAAUAUGUGAGGUCGCCUGAUUUCAACCCAAUGAAAGUGGGACUUGUGUCUGUUGCAUGUUGCUCCAUAUGCCAGUGGAUUUUAGCUCUGGAUCACUAUCAUAUUGUUAAAAGGUUUGUAGAUCCAAAGCAAGCAAAAGUAAUGGAAGCAGAAGAAUUACUGAAUCGUGCAUUUAAUAAAUUAGCUGAAAAACAAAGAUGUUUAGCCCUGAUUGAACAACAUCAACAAAACUUAGAAGCAUUGUAUGAUGAAAGUAUUGCUGAACAGGAAAAACUUGCAGCCCGAAAAAGUCAAACGACUCGUCGUUUACAUAGUGCAUCUAUAUUAAGCGUAGCUCUAAAGGAUGAAAUGGAACGCUGGAAUGAAUCUGUUAAUAAUCUCGAUCAAAGAUUGCAAGGAAUUGUAGGUGAUGUCCUUAUAUCAGCAGCUUGUAUUGUCUACAGUGGAAUGUUAUCAGCGGAGUAUCGUCAACAGCUAGUCAAUGACAGUUUGAAACUCUGCAGUGAUAACAAUAUUUUGAUCUCUCCAAAUUACUCAUUGGUUAACUGCAUGACAGAAAAGAAUGAGGUCCGCAGAUGGCAAAAUGCAGGUUUGCCACAUGAUCAAUACUCUACAGAAAAUGCAAUAUUUGUAAAACAUGGACAACGGUGGCCUUUACUAAUUGAUCCAGAAAGGCAAGCUUACAAAUGGAUAUGUCAAAUGGAAGGCAGCAAAUUGCGACAAAUCUGUGCUACAGAUGUCAAUUACUUAAGAACAAUUGAAUACGCUUUGCAGUUUGGUGACUCAGUCCUUUUGCAGGAUUUUCCUGAAACAUUGGAUUCAAAUAUAAAAUCAAUCUUAAGCAAAGAGAUCUACAAAAAAGGAGGACAAGAAUUCAUUAGAAUAGCAGAUUCUGAAAUUCAGUACAAUUCAGACUUUCGAUUAUACCUGACAACGCAGAAGCCCAAUCCUCAUUUUUUGCCAGCAACAUGCAAUAUUGUUACAAUGAUAAACUUCACUUUAACAUUCCAUGGUUUGCAAAAUCAGCUGUUAUCUGCGGUUGUAAAUAAAGAAAAACCUGAGCUUGAAGAACAGUACUGCAAGUUGAUGGAAAGCAUAUCAAUUGAUCUGGUAGCACUACAUGAAUAUGAACAAAGAUCACUUCAACUUUUGCAACGAACAAGUGGGCACCUUUUAGAUGAUCAAGAUCUCAUUGAAAAUUUGCAGCGAACAAAAAUUACCUCAUCAGAGAUUUUUCAGCGUGUAGCAGAUUCAGCAGCAACAGAAGUCACCAUAGAAGGAUUGCGUAAAGCGUAUAUUCCUAUAGCAACUCGUGGUGCUGUGCUCUACUUCGUAAUAUCAGAUCUUAUACACAUCAACCAUGUCUAUCAGUUUUCACUGAACUGGUUUCAUAAGAUCUUUGUAGACUCUAUAGAUAUUGUGAAGAAAAAUGACAUUUCUCUCAGUGAUGCUCUUUCAAGUACAAAAAUAAGUGAAUAUAAGGUGCAAAGUGAAGAAACAUUAACAGAAAGUGAAACUGAGAUAGAUCAUUUCAAAAUACAUAUUAAUGAUAUAAUUGAGACACUAACAUAUCAUGUCUAUGAGACAGUUUCUUCAGCUUUGUUCAAUAAAAAUAAGCUAUGCUUUGCUUUCCUACUGUGCACAGCAAUCAUGAAAAAUAAUUGUGGUGAAAAUGUAUUCACAAAUAAACUUGGAUUUAUAUCAGACAAUGAGUGGAAUUUUUUCCUGUACUCUAGCAUGAUAGCAAAUAUUAAGCAACCAUCGAUCUCUGAUUUUACUGGUUCAUGUAUAUUUAACAAAACUGCUCCAUUCCACUGGAUAAGUGAAAUGAUGUGGAAAGAAUGUCAGUAUAUGAGUACUCAAAUAACAGCGUUCAGCCUAUUGUGCAGUUCUCUGUCAACAUAUCCUCAACAGUGGAAAGAUUUUCUAGAUAGUGAGAAUGUGUAUGAUUUGAUUAGUACAUGUUAUAGAUCAUUAUCACCAAAGCAAGAUGCAGAAUCACAGCUACCAAGAGAAAGUGAGGAGGAUGAGGAGAGUAUACCUGUAAUUUUUCCUUGGGAGAAGCUUUCUCCAUUUGAAAGACUUAUAUUGAUAAAAGUUCUCCGUUCAGAAAUGUUAAACCGUGCAGUACAAAUAUUUGUAACUGAGAAAUUAGGAACUAGGUAUUUUCAGACUGGAGGAAUUAAUUUAAAAGGAGUGUAUGAAGAAUCUGAUUCUACAACUCCACUAAUUCUCAUCCAUACUCAUGGGAUAGAUAUUAUAGCACUUGUCUUGCGCUUUGCCCAAGAAAUAAAAAGAAAUACACAAAAUGUGCAAAUGCUAUCUCUGGGACGUGGCCAAGGCAGCAAAGCAGAGGAAUUGAUAUAUAAAGCACAAAUACUGGGUGAACAGUGGGUAUUCCUUCAGAAUUGCCAUCUCGCAACUUCAUUUAUGCCGAGAUUAUGCAAAAUUGUUGAUUCCUUUAUCCUACCUGAUACAACUAUAAAUCCAGGAUUUAGACUAUGGUUAAGUUCAACACCAGAUACAUCUUUACCCAUACCUAUCUUGAGAAGGGGGCUAAAGAUAAUAAUAGAAACUCCACAAGGAUUAAAAGGAACAUUACUUCAAACUUUUGGAUUCAGUGACACUGCUGUAGUAACAGAAACUAUAUUUAAUAAGAUCAACUGUGGGCCAUCAUGGAAAAGGUUGUUGUUUAGCCUAUGUUUCUUCAAUGCUGUCAUUCAGGAAAGAAAGAAAUACGGAGUUUUGGGCUGGAACAUUCCAUAUGCUUUUAAUUCUUCAGAUUUAGAGUUUUCUAUCAAAAUAUUGGAAGUGCUCCUUGAGAAGCACCAAAAGAUUCCUUGGACAGCAUUGCAUUAUUUGACUGGAGAAGUAACAUAUGGAGGCCAUGUAACUGAUAAUUGGGACCGUCGAUGCUUGCUUAACAUUUUAGAUAAUUUUUAUAAUCCUUCUGUAUUGCAAGAAGAUUUUGUUUAUACUGCUGAUGAGGUGUAUCGACCAAUAUCUGAAGUAGAUAGUUUAAAAGACUGCAGAGCCUAUCUACAAUCUCUUCCAGAAGUGGAUUCCCCAGAACUUUUUGGAAUGCAUCAUUGUGCUGAAAGACAAUAUUUAAAAGUUCAGGCAGAAUUAUUUAUUAAUUCAAUUGUCAGUACCCAACCAACAUAUAGCACAGAUAUUAUCAGUGAUAGAAUGGGCCAGGAUGAAAUAGUAAUGGAAAUAGUAUCUGAUAUUCUAAUAAAGCUACCAAUGACUGUAGAGAAUAUGGAAGAGGCAUCUACCAACGAAUAUGUGUCUACAGAAAUCGUAACCCUGAGAAGUUUCAUGUCUGGACCAACUUGGGCUGCACUUGCGAAAGCUACAGAAGAUUUUUAUUCUAUUACCAGUUCACCUUUGCUACCUGUCUUGCGCCAGGAGAUUGACCAUUGUAAUAAUCUACUAUACUUAAUAAUUCGGUCAUUACAAGAGCUUCAGGAAGGAAUCAAAGGAAAAAUUAUAUUCACUAAAAGAUUAGAAGAACUUUACAAUUCAAUAUUGAAAGGCAGAGUAGCUGACCUGUGGGAGCAAAGUUCUUUUAAGACAAAUAAACCUUUAGGAUCCUGGAUUGAUGAUCUCAUUAUACAAGUGAAUUUCUUUGCCAUGUGGGCUGAUGGAAUUAUCGCCUUUAUGCAAGAAAGGUUUAACGAUUUACUAGUGCUUCAGAGACAAAGCAAAAUACCACCUCAUCUUGGUGAAUAUCCUGACUUUCAUGCCAGUUAUCAAGGACAUCCUAGCUGUUUUUGGCUUCCAGGUUUCUUUUUUCCACAUGGAUUUCUUAUUGCUGUGUGUCAGAAUUAUGCUCGGUUGAAUAAAGUAACAGUGGAUUCACUUACUUUUAAACAUAAAGUGCUUCCUUUAACUCAAGAUGAAGAUUUAAGCGUCAGUAGAAAGGAAAGCAUAUUAAACAAAGCUUUUAAGGAACAUUCUCAGUAUGAAACCGGAGUUAAAAUUUACGGCUUGUACAUAGAUGGCGCACGCUGGAAUCCCAAUACACAGGCAUUGGAUGAACCUGAACUUCAUAGAAGAUAUUAUCCACUACCAGACAUCCAAUUUUUACCACGAAGUAUUACCUUUUGCCCAAGUUUCUGUGGUGAAGAAGACCUGCUUUUAUACGAAUGUCCUUUAUACAAGACACCUCAAAGAACAGGAAUACUGUCUUCUAUGGGUACAUCUUCAAAUUUUGUAACUGAAGUUAAUCUGCCAAGCCUGGUAAAUCCUAGCCACUGGAUAAUGAGAGGUGUUGCAUUGUUAUGUCAACUGGAUGAUUAG